CAUGUUUUCAGCAUACUGUCUUUAUAUUUAUCUCUUGCUAUUAAUUUGCGUUUGCAAUAUUUUCAAUUAUAUUACCACUGAUGAAUGUCAAGUGAGCAAGAAAAUUAUCUAUUCUAAACCUUCAAUUUCGAAGAAAAUUUGUCAUGAACAGUAUAAAUGUUGGGAUCCACAAAUAGGAUGCUAUUACAAUAAAAAUCCCACUCCUGGCUUUAGAGCUGAAGUUGGCGUUUGUCUUCAUAAUGUUGAAAUAAUUAAUGUUAAAAAUGACACUACGUUGUCAGAUUGUAGCAGAGAAUGCUUGAAAUAUAAUAAUUGUGUUUCUGUUUCAUAUUCUAUAAAAAUGAAGAAAUGUAGUUUGCAAAUGGGUGUGUGCAAAGAUCUAAAUCUUUUAAUCACAGAUAAUAUUGAACUUAUUAAGAUGGCAUCAAGACAAACCACAUGUUUUGAUCGCGAUUGCCCUGAAAAUGACAUAACUCAAAAUAAAAACAAUUUCUCUCAAUGUAUUUCAGAUUGUAUGAAAACUGAAGAAUGUAUUGGUCUGUCAUUUUUAUGGUUCAAUCAGGAGAUUAGUUGUUUCGAAAAACGUGAAAUAUGUAAUGUGUUUGAUAAAAUUGCACUAGGUUCACCUGGAGUUCAUUUCUGUAUCGCUUCACCACUUACUCCGGAUUUGAACGAUAUAAGGCAAGGUUUAUUAAAAAAUAUUACUGAUAAAAGUUCCAAGACAUGUAUAAAAGUUACUAUAAAUAAGAUAUUCAAUUUGAGAAUUUCUUGGCCUUCUAUAGGAAAUCACAGUAUGGAUUUUAAAUUAAUCAUUGAAGGUAAUAACUUAAAGAAAUGCCUACAGUCUCAAUUGGGUUUAGAGCAUUUCGGAGUUAUAGUUUACGUUCGUGAAGAGUUUGUUGGUGAACCUUCCUUUAAAGGUUAUUUUAAAAGUUGCGACCUAAUCAAAGGGAAUCAUGAUACUCUUUGCGAAUAUUUUUGUUCAUGCGGAGAAGAGUUUUGUCAAGCAGUCUUUAUCAAAGCUUUUGGAUUAAAUGAAGAUAAUAUGGAACUAUGUUCGUAUAAAAUAGAACAAUAA